AUCGAAAAGCGGCGCCAAUCUUUUGUUUGACCGUAUGCGAGAAGAACAGUUACGACACGACGAAGAACUCGCUGCGCUCUACCUAAAUACCACUCUGAAUCAAUCCGUUGACGCUACCAAAUUGUAUCAAGAACUGAAAGACGGGGUUAUUUUAUGCAAUCUGGUCAACAAACUACGACCGGGAACGAUAAAGAAUGUUGGACAAAAAGAUUUAUCAUUUGUAAAGGUACCGAGGCAGAGAAAAACUCGUUUUGGCCGGAUGUUCGAAAUGUCGGGGGAAGAAGCACUGACUUGCGAGGGUUGGACAUAGAUGGAUAACAUUACGCGAUUUUUGCAAGGAGCUCGUAAAGUAAGCUUGACAGUGAAAUGAAUAACUUGAGCGUGAUUCCCUGUCGUAUCGAUUGGGAAAACAAAGCCAUACAACAGAAAACUAAUCAAUUAUACAUCACUGGCUUUGUACCUUUCUUUUUUUUUUCUUGUUUCUAGUUGGGAUUGAAGGAAUC